AUGCCUGCCCACGCCUUGACCGAUAUUGAAUUGCAGACUAUUGCUCAAAAGGCCGCCGAGGCCAAGGCGAAAGCGUACUGCCCGAAUUCAAACUUCCGUGUCGGUGCCUGCUUAAUCACGACUGAUGGGCAGUAUAUUUCUGGCGCGAAUAUUGAGAAUGCGUCGUAUCCGGUAGGGACGUGUGCUGAGCGGGUUGCGUUUGGGACUGCUAUUGUCUCUGGACACAGAUCAUUCAAAGCAAUCGCUGUCGCGACCGAUAUCAAGCCCGGCGCGAGUCCAUGUGGAAUGUGCCGGCAGUUUAUGCGAGAGUUCUCGCCUCCUGGUUUCCCUGUUUACAUGUAUGACAAGGACGGCGAGUACAAAGUUGUUACCAUUGGCGAACUUCUGCCGGACUCGUUUGGACCUGAAGAUCUCCAAUAA